CACAAGUGUUUUUAAAUAACAAUUGACAGUUAAUAAGGAAGUAGCUUGCCUUUCUGUGUCAACUGUUCGUGUUGCUCGUAUUAUAAAAACAAAUUUAAAUAGCAAACAAAAUAAAAAAAAUAUUAUUAAUUACUUACAGCAACACUGAGAUACACAACAUUUACGACAAUUAAAACAACAACCGAAGUUAAAACUGAUCAAGACAACAUGAGUGCACGUCGCAAAGUUCGGAUAGCAGUGGUUGGUGCAGGAGCGGUGGGACUAAGCACGGCAGUUCAGAUCCAGGAAGCACUUCCUGAAACAGAGGUGACCUUGAUUGCUGAGAAGUUUAACCGGGACACCACCAGUGAUGGGGCUGCAGGCAUCUUCCAAUCUGCUGUUGAUCUCGUCAAGGGAGUUCCCAAAGAAACUUCCAGGAAGUGGUUCCAGGAUUCAUUCGAGUUCUUCAGGAGCAUCGCAUUCAGCGAGGAGGCUGAAGAGGCAGGCAUCAGUCAGGUGUCUGGCUAUCAGUUCUAUAUAGAAGACCCUCUUGAAGAUGAUCCGAUUAACUCCGAACUCUAUUUCAACUAUCGAGACUGCACGGAGAGAGAAUUUUCUAUUUUUCCAGAAGUUGCAGGCAGAGCUCACCACGGGAAUUUCUACACGACGUUGACUGCUGAGGGUCGGUGGUUGCUACCCUGGCUUCUUAAAAAAUUCGAGAAGAAAGGCGGAAAAAUAAUCAAUAAAAAACUGUUGAGUCUCGAAGAGUUAGUGAACAAAUAUGACGUUGUGGCUAACUGCACGGGUUUGGGUAGCAACGAACUGCUGGGUAACAAUGAGGUCAAGCCAAUCAGAGGUCAAGUUAUCAGGGUGAAAGCCCCGUGGAUCAAACACUUCUUGAUGGUCGACGGAUACAGUCUAUACGUCAUUCCAUGCAAAGAGACAGUCAUUAUUGGAGGCACAAGGCAGUACAACGACUCAGAUUUGAACGUGAGGCUGGAAGAUAGAGAGAGAAUUUGGAAGAUGGCUUGCAAACAUCUGCCUAGUCUCAAGACGGCCGAGUGGCAGUGGGAAUGGGUUGGCUUGAGACCCUUCAGAGAGCCACUACGACUUGAAAGGGAGACCCUCAAGUUCAAGGACGGUCAACUUGAGGUGGUGCAUAAUUACGGACACGGAGGGAAUGGGAUGGCCCUUUGUUGGGGCACGGGGAAGGAAGCCUGCAGGUUGGUGGUCGGUGUGGUCGCCCAGAAGUUCAGAAACUCCAAGCUGUGAAUCAAUCUGUCGCUGCUGUCGCUCUUGUGGCUGUGGCGGCAGAAUGGACGAUAAUAUGCAAUGCAAUUUUAAUCAGUGAUUUCAAUAUUUUUUCACAAACAUUAUAAUUUCGAUUACGGUAAAAUGUUUUCUUACACAAUAACGCAAUAAGCAAUUUCACAAAAAAGUGGUUAGUUGAUGUUUUAAUAAAUUACACAAAAAUACAAA